AUGUCCCCGCCGUUGAGGACACGCGGCUCGCAGCUGCGCUUCCUCCCGUUCCUGCUGCUGACGGUGGUGAUGUCCCGGCCGUUGCCAGGGGACGCCGUGGGCUCCGGCCCCGACGCCCACCAAGAUCCCUUCGCGUCGCGGGAGCUGCGCGCUAGCAUCGAGCGGCUGCUCAACAGGCUGCUUGCCAACCAGAGCCGGGAGGUUUCGAAUCCGGGGCCCGGCCCCGCGCCCGUCGUCCGCGUGUUCACCCCACAACUGCGUCAGGGGUCCCACGGCCAUCUGCUGCUGCGAAUUCCGCUGCCGUGGCUCACGCAGGAUCUGCCAGCAUCCCACCGCCUGCACCGUGCCUUGCUGCAGCCGUCGCGGGCGGUACCCGAGCCGUGGGACAUCACGCGACCGCUGCUGCGCGAGCUGAGCCUCCGAGGAGCGCGCGGCGGCGCACUGCGCCUGCGCCUGUCUGCGCCAGUGGGCGAGGCGCGCACGGAGUCCCCCCCAUUCGGCAGCGCGCGACUCGAGCUGCAGUUCCAGGCUGCGGGCGCCAGGGGGCGUCGCAGCACGCAUGCGCACGCGCGGGACGCCUGCCCGCUGGGCCCGGGCCGCUGCUGUCGCCUGCACACGGUGGCCGCCUCGCUGCAGGACCUGGGCUGGGCCGACUGGGUGCUGUCCCCGCGCCAACUGCAGGUGGCCGUGUGCGCGGGCGAGUGCCCGCAGCUGUACCGCGCCGCCAACACGCAUGCGCAGGUGCGCGGGCGCCUCCACGGGCUGCAGCCUCUGCGCGUGCCCGCGCCGUGCUGCGUGCCUGCGGCCUUCGCGCCCGUGGUGCUCGUGCAGCGGACGGACUCGGGAGUGGCUCUGCGCACCUACGACGACCUCAUGGCCCGCAGCUGUCACUGCGCCUGAACUAGGCAAGGACUCUCUUCACUCCUAUUUAUCGUCGUUAAUUUAUUGCGGGUCACGCUGAGGGGACGCCACGGGUAUUUAUUGAGGACUCUGUAAAUAAAAGCAGUCAUUUCUA